AUGGUGGAUUAUUACAAUUACAAGAUGUCAGGCAGCGAGGAGGAGCCUGAGUCGCAUACGCAACCAGGGAUGACCAAAGCGGAGUUGCGAAGGAGCAACAAGCCGAUCAUGGAGAAGCGGAGGCGUGCUCGGAUAAAUCAGUGUCUGGACGAGCUGAAGAGCCUGAUACUCGAGGCGAUGAAAAAAGACCCAACUAGGCAUUCGAAGCUUGAGAAGGCCGAUAUACUCGAGAUGACGGUGAAGCAUUUACAGGCGGUACAGCGUCAGCAAUUGAGCACGGCGGUCGCUACCGAUCCGGCGGUGCUAACGAAAUUCCGUUCCGGAUUUUCUGAAUGUGCUACCGAAGUAUCGCGGUACGUCAGCCACCUCGAGAACGUCGACCCUGUUGUGAAGCAACGACUGGUAUCACAUUUGAACAAUUGCGUUAGCAAUCUGCAGCAAAUGGCGCCAUUCUACAGCCACUACGUGCCCUACAUGCCAGAACGCCUCUAUCCGGAGGUGAAGGUCGGUUUCCAGAGCGAUUUCCAGAAUGGCGACGAGAAUAAUAAUGGAAGUGCCAGAAUACAGAUACCGAACGGUGUUCAGUUGAUACCAAGUAGACUGCCAACGGGGGAACUUGCUCUUUUGGUACCACAGUCGGCUGCCAUUUCAGCCAACUUUCCUUUCUUUCCACCGGCCCCCGAAUCAGCCUCUAAAAUCGGACAAUCCUCGGCGUUCACGUCAGUUCACAGGCCACAAAGUCCUCUCUUAAGUCCAUCGACAUCAACGUCUAGUUACGGCGAAGAAAGUCAUCAGUCCGAGCACUAUCCUCAAGCUCAUUCGCCCAAUCCUCAGCAACGUCGGUUUAAAAUUCCCGAUCAGUGUCCAGCCUCGUCCAAGAGCUUCUCCUCGUCGCCGGAAACUCAGAAGCCACAGAUCAGCUCGUCCAGCGAUAGAAAAUCACCCGUGUCGAUCUUCACGGAGCCGAAAUCAGACGUGAACUACGUAUCCAGGAAAGAGAUCGUCGAUUCGUCCGAAUCGUUGCACACUUUGAGACAACCGCUUUCGGUGAUCACAGACAAAACGUACAAUCGUACGUGUACCUCAGUAGUGCCAAGGAAAGACGCGAUCAAGAGGCACCAUUCGGACGGUCUUCUGGUGAUCUCUGAUAAGAGAGCAAGGUAUCAAGAGCCUAUCAGCUCUACCAUGAAUUCUUCUAACAACGUCCUAAAGUCCGGAGAAGAUCAGCUAGUUCCCGUGGAGGAUUUGUCGGAGAGAGCGACUUGCUCGACAAAUAGAAACUCCAAUCCUGAUCCUGUGAAAUUUGCCGCGAUGUCUGCCGGUCCUUCUGCCGCGAACGGCGACAUGUGGAGACCUUGGUGA